AUGGCGGCGGCCAGCGGCGACCCGUUCUACGUGUUCAAGGAUGAGCUGGAGACCAAAGUGUCGGCUGUGAACCAGAAGCACGCCAAGUGGCGCGCCAUCCUGGAGGCCAAAGGCUCGCCCGCGGCCAAGGAGCUGCCGGCGCUGACGCACCAGAUCGAGGGCGCCGUGGCCGCUGCGGACAAGUCGGUCAAGUUUUUGGAGGAGACCAUCGUCAUGGUGGAGGCAAACCGAGCCAAGUUCGAGCACAUUGAUGCGGCGGAGAUCGCAAGUCGGAAAGCGUUCGUCGCGACCACUAGAAAGGAGCUGCAAGCUGUCUCGGCUGAGAUUUCGACGGACGCUGUCAAGGCUCGGAUCCGCAAGGAAGAGCGCAAGUUGAUGCAACCAUCGAAGUCGUCGACGUCUUUCCGAGUGAAUAGCGGCCAAGACAGGAACGAGCGGUUUAUGCAGGACGAAAUGCAGCGACAGCAGCAAAUUAUGCAGGAGCAGGACAAAAGUUUUGCCGGGCUCGAGACUGACAUUACGCGCUUGCACGGAGUGACGGUGGAGAUUUCGAACGAAGUCAACAAGCAGAACAAAAUGCUUGACGACUUGACCGAUGAUGUGGAUGAAGCUCAGGAACGCAUGAACUUUGUUAUGGGCCGUUUGAGCAAACUGCUCAAGACGAAAGACAAGUGCCAGCUAGGACUCAUUCUCUUCCUGGUGGCGGUGCUUGUCGUGAUGGUCUUCCUGGUCAUAUACACAUAACGCGGUCAGUACUGCUCUCUUGUGUCUCGGAAUCGUCGGACCUGAGGCAAUAUGAAGCGUGCGGCAUUAUGAGCUAGCGCGCCUGGUCCGGCGUUUCAUCCACGCGCUAGACAAGAUGACACUUCGUGCCACCAACCCAAUAACCAUGUACUGUAGCACUC